CCGACACCACACGGCCAACAAUUUCUGCCGCCGCCGGCACAGUGCCCAGUUUUCUGCCCUCAGGUUCUCUAUCUUGUACCACCUCCUUCACCUAUCAACCUGGCAGGCGGCAAGCGGCGCAGUAUCUCCUCUCACGGAGGUCUGCUGAAUAGGAUGUUCUGUUCCGGCUCCAACUCCGGAGGCUCAAAAUCCGAAAAGACCGAGGCCGAUUCUGUUUCCGAUCCGACCUCCGGCGCCCGGAAGGAGAGAGCCUCCAGCAAUCCGCCCUCCCCCGAUCGAGGAGAGACCGGCGGCUCCGACCGCACCUCACCGUCACCGGUCAAGACAUCAGACCAAGCCGCCAGCGGCGAGAAGCGGAGCGGCAGUGGCAGUGCUGCGAAUGCGGGCAGCUCGGCGGAGCAGAAAAAGCGACGGAGCAGCGGGACUCCUUUGCAGAAGCUCGGCAAGCAGGACCAGGCUCUUGCCGUGCCCCAAGGCCAGCACAACAAUGCCGCGGGCGAGUCGCUCCCUGGUCCCCGAUCCACCUUCCGAGUGGGCGUGUGGGAAGACAGAAACAAAAAGUGCAGGCGCACGAUGGAGGACACCCAUGCCUUCCUGUACAACUUCCUCCACACCCCAGCGCCGGCCGUCGGGACGGGCGCGGGCGGUCAGGCUCAGGCGCAGGCUCAGGCUGGUACCGCCGGGGUUGCGGGCGAAGGACAGGGCGGGGACAGCUCGGACCAGGAUAUGAUCGAAACCGACAAUGGAUACUUCGCCAUUUUUGACGGGCAUGCAGGAACGUUUGCCGCAGAUUGGUGCGGGAAGAAGCUCCACAUAAUAUUGGAGGACAUCAUCAGGAAACACCCGAACGCUCCCAUACCGGAGCUCCUCGACCAGACCUUCACGGCCGUCGAUGCACAGCUGGGCCAGUUGCCCCUCAAGAACAGCGGCUGCACCGCCGCCAUUGCAGUUCUUCGCUGGGAGGACCGGGUUCCGAGCAGCCUUUCCGCUACCGGAUCCCAGUCGAUCGCUCCUGCUCUGGCCAAAGCCGCGGAGGAGGCUGCCAAAUCCGAGAAUCCGUCGUCGCUGGCGGCCUCGGAUGCUACCCACGCAAAGUUGAAGAGCAGCGCUGUCAGGCAGCGUGUGCUGUACACCGCUAACGUUGGAGAUGCCCGGAUCAUUCUCUGCCGCCAGGGGAAAGCAUUACGUCUGUCGUACGACCACAAGGGUAGCGACGAGAACGAGGGGAAGCGCAUCACGAACGCCGGGGGGCUCAUAUUGAACAACCGCGUCAACGGUGUCCUUGCCGUCACCCGAGCCCUCGGCGACACGUACAUCAAGGACCUCGUCACCGGGCAUCCCUAUACCACGGAAACGGUCAUUCAGCCAGAAUUGGACGAGUUUAUCAUCAUAGCUUGCGACGGCCUUUGGGAUGUUUGCUCUGACCAAGACGCGGUCGACCUUGUGCGCGACAUACAAGACCCGGUGGCCGCAGCCAAGCUCCUAGUCGACCAUGCGCUUUCCCGCUUUAGUACCGACAACCUGUCUUGCAUGAUCAUCCGCCUGGACAAGCAGGCCCUCCUCGAGAACCAGAACAACAAGGAGAAGGCGAUCGGUGUCGAGGGCGAUCCUAGCACCGCCUCGGGUAAAGUCAGCGAGGUCGAGAAGAUCCUCAAAAACGCCCAAGCCAAGGUCGCCGAGGAUGGCAGCCCCUCGGUCGGUGUCUCCGCGAGCAACAGUGGCAAAGGCCACGAUCCCUCGACGGCCGAGGAUGGAAACGCUGGGUUCGUCCCGACCGUGAUUCAGGGCCCUGUGGAGGAGGAACCGGCCUCGAUCGAAGAGUCGCCUGAUGCUACAAUUCCCGCUGGGGAUAAGAUGGAUGUGGAUUCAUCGGCCGACACAAGUAAGGACACACCGGUGGGAACUACCUAGGAGAGGUUGAGUGUCCUCGCACGUGUAGGAAGGGUUUUCAAGGCGACCCGGUCGCGGACUUGAGUGUGUGUUGUCGGAAGUUAACGGCAAUUCGCAGUUCGUCAUAUUUUAUGUGAUGUGGAAUGGACAAAAACAACAGACAUGAUCGUCUUCGUGUGACGAGGGGCAGCUUCAUGGAAGAGUUAUUUGGCGAAGCAGGAGCACGUAAACGUUGGGAUCAGCCCGCACCCC